AUGAAGCUGUGUAACCCAACCACAUGGCUAGCCUUGAGUUUGGCCUGUGGCGUUCUCUCAACGGCGAGCGAAGCCAACGUUGACAACAACGGCCCGCUCAACAAGGUUGCCGUCGCCGACGUGCACAGCGAGGAAGAGACUCUAGCGUCGAUGCCCGUCGACUCGUUCGUCGAGUUUCACGAGGUCACCGUCACGAUUGAAGAGGCUCCGGAGAGGCCAAGCCCGCGACACGAACAGGAGAAGAAGAACCUCCUGAAGCGCAUGAGCAAGUCCCACGGGAAAUGGGACACGAACCACCCCCGCCACCGGCUGCUGGAGGCGCUGUUUGGCUUCAGCCGGUACAAGCCCCGUCAGAUGGCCGAGCUUGACCGGUAUAAGGGCCUCUACAAGCAUGUCUCCAAGGCCCAGAAAGCUGUCCUCGAGAAGACCGUCAAAUACUCGCAAAAGUUCGAGACGGCUGAGCAGCUCCUCGACCUCAACCAGCAGCUAUGCGACGAGAUCGUCGAGACGGCCCUCGAGUUCUACGGCAUCUCGCACGAGGAGCUCGCCGACCACAGCAAGGCCAAGGACAACGCAGGCCAAGCCGCUGACAGGGUUAGCACGUCGCAAGCCUUGAAGCACUUUGUGCGUGACUGGUCCACAGCAGGCACCGGUGAGCGGGACGAUGCCUUCCCGUGCAUCCUAGAUACUCUGCAGACUCUGUUCCCAGACCGAUCCUCCCGAGACAUCAAGAUCCUCUUCCCGGGCGCCGGCGUGGGACGGCUGGGUCAUGAGGUCGCCGGCCUGGGCGGCUUCGAGGUGACCAUCAACGAGUGGUCCAUGUUCAUGAACCUCGCAUACCGCUUCCUCGAGGCGCAUCCGAGACCGGGCACGAAAGCCCUCCACCCGUUCGUCGACAGCUGGUCCCACCACGCCACGACGUCCGACAUGUUCCGCGGCGUGUCGUUCCCCGACAGGAGGGUCAACGCGAGCUCCGUGCUGCUGGUCGAGGGCGACUUCACGUCGGCGUUCAAGUCGGACAAGGGGCAGUACGACGUCGUCGUCACGCACUUCUUCAUUGAUACGGCGCGCAACAUCAUGAGCUACCUCGACAGCAUCCACGCCCUGUUGAAGCCCGGGGGUUACUGGAUCAACUUCGGUCCCCUGUUGUGGGGGACGGGACCGUUUGUCCAACUCUCGCUCGACGAGAUCGUUGCCGUGUCGAAGAGCAUCGGGUUCGAAUUCGUGGACGGGAGCGAGCAGUGCGGCGGUGUGACACUGCAGGGCGAGAAGGUUCGCGGCAAGGAGGCGGUGUAUGGGUUCAACGAUAAGGCCCUGACCAAGAAUGCGUACUCGGCGCAGUCCUGGGUUGCUAAAAAAGCACAAUAA